UCAGCAAAGGCAUCGAGUAACAGCCCUCAUCCUCCUCAUAAUUAGCGCUUACCGUGAUUCACCUUGAAUAUCCCAUCCCACUCACCACUUUCCACCUCAAGAGUCACAACAAACAAAUCGAUGAAGAUACUGCGAUAUUUCCACACAAAUCAUUUUCGGACGCACGACCACUCUUUGGCUUGUAAUUUGUAAAUAUGUAAAAUAGACCGUAAAACUACACAAUAUUCAUUUAUGACCCAGCCGGUCAACUCCUUCGAUAUUUUCUUUUUAAAAGAAUUGUUUUCUGGUAUCUAGAUCCAAAAUAACUAACUGAUCACUUUGAAUAUACUACAACGGACGCCAAUCAGAUCUCUUCGCUUUUUCACUUUCCCUAUAGAUUUUAAUUUUCUGGUAAUCUAUUACUGAUCUGUACUGUGUCUUUUGUAAUCUGAUCUCAAAUUGGAUGACGAUAUUCGCUGUUUUGAAAACGCAGUUAAGCUCUAUUAUGGAUGAUCAUGAUUUUGAGAGGAGCUUCUUGAAGGAAUUCAUUAUACCUACGUACAUAUUAGUAUCUGAAUCAGAGACCAUUGAAGUUCCUGAUGUGCCUAAGUUUCCGGUGCUGGUGUUUGUAAACUCCAGCAGCGGUGGCCAGCUCGGUGGAGAUCUUCUUGUAACUUACCGUGGUCUUCUUAAUAAGGAUCAGGUUUUGGAUGUUGGAGAAGAGGCGCCCGAUAAAGCUCUACGGAGAAUCUAUCUUAAUUUAGAGAAGCUCAAAGCUAGUGGAGAUCAAUAUGCUGCACAGGUUGAGGAGAGAUUGAGAAUAAUUGUUGCUGGUGGUGAUGGAACAGCUGGCUGGCUUCUAGGGGUUGUUUGUGAUCUUAAAUUAUCUCAUCCACCACCGGUUGCUACAGUUCCCCUUGGAACAGGAAAUAAUCUUCCCUUCGCAUUUGGUUGGGGAAAGAAGAAUCCUGGGACUGAUCGUCACUCUGUCAUACAAUUUUUGCAACAAGUAAUGCAAGCAAAAGAAAUGAAAAUAGACAACUGGCAUAUUCUCAUGAGGAUGAAAACUCCUAAAGAAGAUUAUAACUGUGAUCCUAUUGCACCUCUUGAGCUACCACACUCUUUACAUGCCUUUCAUCGUGUCUCAGAGACUGAUGAGUUGAAUGAGGAAGGGUACCUUACAUUUCGUGGGGGGUUCUGGAAUUACUUCAGUAUGGGGAUGGAUGCUCAAGUAUCAUAUGCAUUUCAUUCUGAACGAAAGUUGCAUCCUGAAAAAUUUAAAAAUCAAUUGGUUAAUCAGAGUACUUACGCGAAGCUUGGCUGCACCCAAGGAUGGUUUUGUGCUUCUCUUUUCCAUCCUUCACCUCGGUUUUUCUACCUCACUGCUCAUACAUUUUGUUGGCUUUACAAAAACAUAGCUCAUCUUGCAAAGGUUAAGAUUAUGAGAAGGCAUGGGCAUGAGCAAUGGCAAGAUCUCCAGAUACCCAACAGCAUCAGGUCAAUCGUAUGUCUAAACUUGCCCAGUUUUUCUGGUGGACUGAAUCCUUGGGGAACGCCAAACAGCAAUAAGACACGUGACAGAGAGUUGACUCCACCAUAUGUCGAUGAUGGCCUAUUAGAAGUGGUUGGUUUUAGAGAUGCCUGGCAUGGGCUUGUUCUACUUGCUCCAAAAGGACAUGGAACCCGUCUUGCACAGGCACAUCGAAUUCGGUUUGAGUUUCACAAAGGUGCAGCCGAUCAUACGUACAUGAGGAUUGAUGGAGAACCUUGGAAGCAGCCACUACCAGUGGAUGAUGAUACUGUUGUGGUUGAAAUCUCUCAUCUUGGCCAAGUGAACAUGCUUGCCACCCACGAUUGUCGGUCUAGAAGUGUGCAUGAUUCCUCACCAGUUAGCCAUAGUGACGGUGAUGGAAGUUUUGGUGAUGGAAGUUUUAGUGAUGAAGACGACUCUGUCGAAGAUGGGGAAGAGAGGAGGAAGUUCGGUGCAGCAGAAACGUUUAAGAUCCCGGAUGAGGUUGAUAUUACUCAUCUAAGUUAAGUUGUUCAAUAUAUAUAUCAUUUGCUGUAUGCAUUAUCGUUUAAUUUUCUGAACUACGCCUGACAAAAUGAGCGGGCCACAUGGAUAUGGAUUGGAUCGGGUACGAAAAACAAUAAGAAUAGAUUUUUAACUGAGACACAGCGGAAGGGCUAUCUCAGUUGCUUGAUGACUA